AAGAUGUACUGGUCGUUUGCGUCCGACCUCUGGGCCAUUGCGACCAACACGACGUUUGUCGGUGGGCGUAGUCUGCUGCGUGCGAGCGCGCGCUUUGCCUUUGCCAACGUGACGAGCGCGAUGCUACUGACACAGAACCUCACGCUCCCGAGUCCACUUCCGGCCGGACUGACGCUGCUGGCAUCGACGAUCGGGCCGUUUGGCAGCGUGGACAUGGUCUACGUGCCGUGUCCGGCGUCGCUGCUAUCGUGGUACCACCGCAUGCUCUCGAGUCUGAACCGACUGUUGGUGACGGACCGUGACGCGCAAGCGGCGUUUCUAUCCCUUCCGCUCAAGCAGUACGUCGGGCCUUUCCCAAAGGCGUUGAAUUAUACCGACAUUGCCUUUGUGGGUGGAAAUCUUCUCUGCGGCGAUGACCUCGCCGCGUCACCGCUGCACGUGUCGAUCAUCGUCGCGUCACCUCUCUACCGCGCGUUCACACCAUCGACCGCGUGCCAUACCCUCGUGUUUGAAUUUACGUCCCCAGACAAAUUUCAGCUGCUGUUUGCGCUCGCCGGGUACAGCGCAUCGCGGGCGAUCUCGACCAAGACUCUUUCGAGUCUCUGCGCCUACGACUUUACAGCGGCCUAUUCGUGCAGCGACGUCUACCGUGCGAUGCAGUUGUUUCUGACACUGUACAAUGCGUCCUUUGCGGCGCCCAACGAGCUCGCGCCGGGUCUUGAAGCCAGCGUGCGGCAGCUCGACGUUCAGUUUGUGCAGUUCAUUUUGAAUGCCUCAGUACCGUCGCUCUUCCAUGCCAACAUCUUCGACGACGACCAGGCGCAAGAUGCGUCGUGGCCGUUCUACGGCUGGGUGUUUCUCUAUGGGUGGGCGGCCGGCACGCGCGAAGUCGUGCGUUUCGCUGGUGACUCCGGUGCGCUCACGGCCAUCUCGGGGCCGCUUCUGACGCACAGUAUGCGCCCGAAUCCAGCCGAGAUCCGGCACGACUUGGCCAUUGUGCUGCUCACCUCGGUGCAGUACAUGACGGUGGUGUUCGUGCUGCUUGCCAUGACGAUUGCUCUCUACAUGAUGAGCAGCCUCCUGCACAUCGAAGGACGCAACCUCUUCCAGAUGAACCGCACGAUCGGUCUUGUCUGGAUCGGCCGGCCGUGCCUGCUCCUCCGAAGCGUGACCGCGAUGGUCUGUCUGCAUACGAGCGCCAUUUCGCUCACCCAAGUUGGCGCCGUCUCGGCGUUUACUACGCCCGUGGUGCCAUGGUACACGCGUCUCCUCGUCUCUGGCGAAGUCAACUGGCUCGUGUACGUCCUCAACGACACGUUGAGCGUUUACACGAAAGCUACGACGCCGGUCUACGCCACGCGGAGUGCGCUGCUCGCGUGGCUCGUUAUGUUUGUGUGGAUCAGCGUCUCGCCCGCCACGUACGAUGCACGCUUGGAGCGGUCGUGCGUCGCCCUCGAUAUGGACCAAGUGCUCACGUGUUCGAGUGGCUACGUGCAACUGGGGUCCGUGCGCCGGCUGUGGUACACGCUCGCUGUGUGUUGUAGUUGUGUUGGCCUCUCGUUUGUCUCGACACGACAGACGUCGAGUACGCCGACGUCGCUCUUCCUCUCGUCGGCCGGCAAGUACAUGCUCCGAACGCACAAGCUCAACGGCCUCGACUACAUGGACAAGGCGUCUGGCCUCAUGGCCGGCCUCGUCUCGCUCCAUUGGCACGCCCACGGCUUCUACGUCUUUGACAUCAAGAAGUGGCGCUUCCUGUACGUCGCGUCGCCCGACGCGCCAGGUCGAUUCGCCCACGCGAUUCCGCUUCGCCAUUGAUGUCAUUAGUGUAAAACGCUUGGUUGAGUGCGUUCGUUGCCACCAAUUUGUAUAAAAGCUGACAACAAUAAGGAGCACAAACUGUACAUGCCAA